ACAAGAAUAUUUACUUUGUAAAAGAAAGACAAAAAAUUUCCUUAAAUUCGUAACUGAAUACUUAUUUAUCAUUCAUAUUGAUUCGAAUCAAGGUUCUCGAUUACAUCAAAUGAAAAGAGAUUUAAAUUUUAUUCAAAUUCAUUGUUCAUCUCAAUUAUUUCAACAUUUAUUUGAUCAAUUAGAAUUAAUUCUUUUAAUAAGAGGAAAACAUUUCGAAAAAUUCAAGAAUUUUAUUGAUAAAAUUAAAAUAGAUUUUCAAGAAAAACAAAAUAAUAUUGAUGAGAAUAUUCGAAUUAUGAAUUACAUUAAAAGAAAUCGAAAAUCCGAUAUUUUUCAAUUGUUUAAUAAACAUAUCACAUCGAACGAUAUUGAUACAGAUAUUCAAGAAUUUACUAACAAUUUCUAUUUAACCAAUGAAUUGAAAUCGAAAAUCAAAAAUAAAAAAGAUGUUAUUGAAAUGAACGAUAGUUUGAAAUUUGAUAAUGAAGGAAAAAUAUUAUCAAAAGAAAAUGACGAAUCUAUCUAUAAAAGUAUUUAUAAAGAAAUUGAAUUGAUCAACGGAUUUACACAGUACUCUAUUGAAUAA